UUGCUGACCAAUACCCAUGUGAGGCACCAAUACCACUGGGUGGGAUCCUCUGCUCGUUCCCCUCCGCCCCAUCCAGACCCCUUGCUUUGCUUCGCUCCUUCCUCCCUGGCUCUGCUGGUCCCCCACACCCCUUUUAGCUGCCACACAGGCAGCUCCAAAUUUCCCUUUUAACCUUCUCUUUUUUUUUUCCCUGUAAGUAUUUAUUUGAUUUUAUUUCCUCUGUUUUUCCUCAUCACAACGGAAGACUAGAGGAUGAAACAUCAACACGUGGAAAUGGAAUAAUUUACUAUGAGGGACAUGGAUUUUUUAUUUUUUUAUAAUUAAUAAGUCAACUUGGAUAUACUGAAGUCAUCCCCAGGCGGUUCUAAAUGAGGAGGCUUGGUUUAUAUCACUGAGAUAGUCUCCACGUCACCAUGGCUGAAGGAGCCAAACCCCCCUCGGCGAGUGCAGCCGGGGGCUCCAGCAGAGCAGCGCAGACAAGCUCUCUCAAAUCAAAAGCUUUGGAGCUCGUCAGAAAAGUGAAAGUGUCCGUGGAGCUGCUGAUCGCCCUGGCUGCCCUCCUGUCCUGGGUGGUGGUAGGUGUGGUGAUGUUCGACUUUGUCGAAUACAAAGCAGUACCAGAUGUACACCAAAUCAUUACGGACCCAGUUCAAGCUGUAAACGAUGCUGUAGACGAGGUGUCCAGUCUGCUAAAUAAGUUCCAAGAAUGUGCUCCUGAUUUAAGUAGCCCCUCGUCUGCUGCGUCUUACGCUGCUGAAGAGGUUAUAGAAGCAAAAGAUGCAUUUGUUCGAUACUUUUCAGAUGAAGAAGGAACCUUUUAUCCAAGCUACAUCGAUCCCGUGGUCAUUGGAAGAAGAGCUUUCCACACAACCAACGACCUUGUGUACGGCGUGGUUGGCUCCUUCAGGGACUCACUGUGUGCCACUGUGGAUACUGUAACGCAUGCAGUUUGGGAUAUAAAAAAAGGAAAACUUGACCUCAGCUACAUUGACCCUGUGAUAAUUGGCCGAGGGUUCUUCGGUGUUAUUAAUAACUUUGUUUCCGAAGUGGGGGCCUUCAUCCAGAGUUCGUUCUGCCUCUUCUUGGACUCCACAUUGGAUGUAGUGAAAGGAACCACUGACAUUAGCUUCAUCGAUCCUGUGGUACUUGGCAGGACAUUUUUCAAUGUUAUAAAUGACACUGUUGGUGGAAUAACGGGCUACGUCCAGGACAUACUGUGUGCCGUCUUAGACACCGUGCUGGAUGUAUCUAAAGGAACAAUCGACAUCAGCUAUGCCGACCCCGUGGUCCUGGGCAGGAAAUUCUUCAAUAUCAUAAAUGAUGCUGUGAAUGGAUUAGUGGGCUGCAUUCAGGACAUACUUUGUGCUUUAUUAGACAUCUUAUUGGAUAUUUCUAAGGGAACCAUUGACAUCAGCUUUAUUGACCCUGUGGUGAUCGGCAGAAACAUCUUCCAUAUUCUUGAUGAAUUUGUGAAUAGCAUCACAGGAUACAUCCAGAAUGUGUUUUGCGCGAUCUUGGAUGUGGUACUGGACACAGUGAAAGACCUCCAGGAGGCUGUGGGAUUCAGCCCUUUAUCAACUCUGCAGACAACAGCAGAAAUCAUUAAAGAACAUAUCAACAUUAUUAUGAGCUACCUCUCUACAAUGCUGAUAGGUGAACAAGCGAUCAUUCCGGAAGUUUCCGUUGACCCGAUGAAAGUUGUUGAGGAUGCGGUACUGGAAUUUACCGACAAGAAGGAUUUGUUCUUGGGCUACAUGUCAAGUAUGAUUGGUGGUGAUCAAGGUGAACCUGUCAGUCCUCCGGCUGUAAAUGUUGUCACUGAAAAAGACGAAGCUGUUGUUUCUCCAUCUGAUAUCACUCUGGUGAGAAAGAAAGGGGAGUUUCUACCUCCACCUGAAAAAGUUGCAGAGAUGAUGCGUGCCGUCGAAGAUGAAGCUGCCUCUGCUGCAGAAGAGGCUGAGGCUGAAGAGGCCACUGGAGCUGCCGACCAAGCAGGAGGGGCCAAAGCAGAGGAAGAUGAGGUGAAACAUACAGAAGAAAUCCAACUUGAGUCUUCGCUGGAAGAGAAAAUCAUAGAUGGAGUUGAGGAGGAAACAGAGACGGUGGAUGAGGUUACACCAAAGGAAGAUGCAGAACAACUGGCGCACAAGGAAAAACCUGAGGUGGAAGACGAGACUUCAAAAACAGGACGAGAACAUGAGGGCGAAGUUAAAAUAGACAAUAUCUUGGUAGAAGAAAAGGAGAUGCCAACAAUAGAGGGAGAGAUAGCAGAACAAGAGGAAGAAGAAAAAACAAAAAUUGAAGCAACAGUAGAAAAUAAAGGCGAGGAAGAAGAGGAGGAACCUGAAACUUUUGAGGUUUUGGUAGAGGGUAAGGAGGAGACUGAGGAGAAGGAAAAAUUAGGGGAAAUACAAACUGAAAGCAGGGAACAUGACCAGGAGGAAGAGGAGGACUCCACAGCUGAAGAGGAACUGAUUGACAGUGAGGGGAAAGACGACAAAGCUCAGUAUGAAGCUGCUGAUGAAGAUUUGGAAAAGCAGUCUUUAGCUCAACAACCAGAACUUGUGCUUUCCAAAACUCCUGUCAAUGAUUCUGCUGUAUCCGGGUCGGGCAAACAAGAAGAGGAAAAAGUAGGAACAUCUCCUGAUUACGCGGACGAAGAUUAUGCAGAACUGAAGCAUGAUCACGAUGAAAAUAAUAAUAACAGCGAGAGCAAAAAGGCAGAACCUGGACAAAUAAGAAAGACUCGUGUUCCCUUUGAGAGGCUGAAGAAUGCUAGCUACAAAAUAUCAACAAAAGAACCUGCUGGCCAAUUUGAGACAGGUAUUAUCAUCACAAAUACUUAGUUAUUAAUUCCACCG